AUGACUGACGGGUCAUCCACACUGUACUACUUUUGUCCUACAUUUGUCCCAAGAGUGCGAGCCAAAUUCCACCUGCAGAAUAUCUAUUUUCUCAAACCUACCAACCACAUGUUUGUCCAGUUGCCUUUUGACGAACUCAAGGUUGACCCCAGCAAAAAGAAGCGAGUGGCGUACUUCUACGAUGCUGACGUCGGAAACUAUGCCUACGGUGCUGGGCACCCGAUGAAACCGCACCGGAUAAGAAUGGCACACUCUCUCAUCAUGAACUAUGGGCUCUACAAGAAAAUGGAAAUCUACCGGGCCAAACCUGCCACCAAGCAAGAAAUGUGCCAGUUCCACACAGACGAAUACAUCGACUUCUUAAGCCGUGUCCUGCCUGAUAACUUGGAUAUGUUUGCCAAGGAACAGAUUAAGUUCAACGUGGGCGACGACUGCCCUGUUUUCGAUGGGCUUUUUGAGUACUGUGGAAUCUCCGGCGGCGGGUCCAUGGAGGGCGCAGCCCGUUUGAACCGUGGCAAGUGUGACAUUGCUAUUAACUAUGCGGGAGGCUUGCACCACGCAAAGAAGUCUGAAGCCUCGGGUUUCUGUUACUUGAACGAUAUCGUGUUAGGUAUCAUUGAGUUAUUGCGUUACCACCCACGUGUGUUGUAUAUUGAUAUUGAUGUCCACCACGGUGACGGUGUGGAGGAGGCCUUCUAUACUACAGACCGUGUCAUGACAUGCUCCUUCCAUAAGUAUGGUGAAUUUUUCCCGGGAACAGGAGAGUUGCGUGAUAUUGGAGUGGGCAAGGGUAAAUACCACUCAGUCAACGUUCCAUUACGUGAUGGUAUUGAUGAUCAGACAUACAAGCUGAUUUUCGAGCCUGUGAUUACCAAAAUCAUGGAGUGGUACCAACCGCUGGCCAUCGUGUUGCAAUGUGGUGGAGACUCCUUGAGCGGUGACCGUUUGGGCUGUUUCAACUUGCUGAUGCGUGGUCACGCGAAUUGUGUUAACUUUGUUAAAUCAUUUGGUGUGCCUAUGAUGGUUGUGGGCGGAGGUGGCUACACUAUGCGAAAUGUGGCUCGUACGUGGGCAUACGAGUCUGGAUUGCUCAAUGAGGUGGCAUUACCAGACGAGUUACCGUACAAUGAAUAUUACGAGUACUACGGUCCUGACUACAAACUUGACGUGCGGCCCUCGAACAUGUAUAACGCCAAUGCGCCCGAAUUUUUGAAUAAGAUCUUGACCAAUAUCGUGGCAAACUUGGAGAACACGCGGCAUGCCCCAUCGGUACAGAUGCAAGAUGUACCUCGAGACCCAGAGGAUUUGGGCGAUGAGGAAGAAGAUACACCAGAAGCAAUUGACACCAAGGGGAGGGCUGCAACAGGCGCGUGA